GUCUUCACCGUUAACAUCUAGUGCAUGAAACAGUCCAGCUGAAACCUGUAGCCAUAACAAUAGGCACACCAGCCUCAACAUGUCGCCAUGAAUAUUGAUGUCACUGUUCAUAUCAAACCUAUCCAUGCACGUGGAAUGGCCGUUGUUGUGAGAUAAGGUGUCGGAAUAGAUGGACUGUUGGAUUGGGUCAACCUACACUAGAUCUUCCAGCUCAGUGUUCAAUUGGAACCAUUUGCAACGAAACAUUGCGGGAGUACCACGGCUGCUGAUCAAGAUCUGGUCCAGAAUGAUGGCGUCGUCCCAACCCGGCUACGGCACAGUCGACUACGUGGUGUUCUCCUUGCUGCUGCUGCUCUCACUAGCUAUAGGUGUCUUCUUUGCUGUUCGAUCACGUCGUCGUCAAACCACGUCGGACUUUCUCCUCGCCGGCCGGAAAGCCCCGUAUCUCCCUGUAGCGAUGUCGUACCUCGCAACGUUCGAGUCGUCCAUCAUGAUGCUGGGCAAGCCAUCUGAGACUUAUGUGUAUGGUUCGCAAUGGUUCCUGUCCUCAGCCGGGUUUGUUGUCGCUCAAAUCUGUGCCACUUUCAUGUUCGUCCCCAUGAUCUACCGACUCAAUAUCACAAGUAUUUACGAGUACCUGGAAGUAAGGUUCAAGUCGAGGCUAGUCAGGAUGAUUGGAGCUGCACUCGGAACCAUGCAACAGAUAACCUAUAUCGCCAUCGUGAUCUUUGGUCAGUCGCUGACACUGGAGGCUGCCAUCGGAAUGCACGUGGAGACGUCUAUGCUGGUGUCGACUGUCCUCGCCGUAGUUUACACCUCUCUGGGAGGAAUGAAAGCUGUCAUCUGGACCGACGCGUUCCAGUGUGCGCUCAUGUUCAUUGGCAUGAUCGCCAUCAUCAUCAGGGGAUGUGAGGUUGUUGGUGGCGGCCACGAGGUCAUGGCACGGUCAGUCGCAGGUGGCAGAGUGAACUUCUUCAACUUUGACCCCGACCCCACAGUUCGACACACCUUCUGGGGACUGUUUGUGGGGACAAUCUUGAGGGAGUCCGCAUUUGUGUUCAGUCAGUCUUCAGCGCAGAGAGUCAGCUCCACAUCUUCAGAAACACAAGCCAAGAAAAUGAUGCUUGUGUCUGCGCCGGCAUUUCCCUUGAUGACGGGGCUGGCUUUGCUGAUGGGACUGGUGGCUUAUGCUUACUAUGACAAAAUACAAUGCGACCCAUUACAGUCGGGACAGCUGUCUAGCCCUAAUCAGAUUAUUCUCCUGCUGGUGAAGGAUUUGUUCUGGGAUAUACCAGGAAUGUCCGGGCUGUUCCUUGCAUCUCUGUUCAGUGCUGCUCUCAGUACCAUCAGCUCCGCCAUGAGUAGUUUCUCUGCCAACAUGUGGCGGGACUUUCUCCAACCCUACCUGCCCACUAUGUCGGAGAGAAGAGCUGUCAUCGUUGCCAAAUUAGCAGUGGUGUUGUGCGGUGUACUGUCCUGUGGUGUCUCCUACGCCAUCAUGUCGUUGAAAGUCACAACAUUACCACAGAUAAUCUUCACUGUAAGCACGUUGACGUACGGACCUCUCAGUGGGCUGUUCCUCCUGGCAACGCUGUGUCCUUGGGCCAACUUCAAGGGGGCGGUGGCAGGCUGUGGCAGCGGCAUUGUCGUCACCGGGUGGAUCUUCAUAGGCGCCACCUUCUCCAAGGCAAUCAAGGCGACGCCCUGGUUGCCCGCUGUCUCCACUGCUGCCUGCUCCAACUCCACCAACAUGUUCAACACAAGUGCAGACAACAUGACGGUGUUGGGAGACUACGUUACGACAUCUCCAACUACACCAGGGUCGGCCAUGGCGUGGAAAGAUAACGUGACGGGUAUCGCGAGAGUAUACCUUUUGUCAUACACAUGGUAUGGUGUUGUUGCUAUAGCAACGGUGAUGCUCGUGGGCUCCAUUGUCAGUUUGAUUACAGGUAGCAAUACGAAUGACCCUGUUGACCCCUCUCUCCUGGCAACGUACCGACUCACGUGCGGCCGCAAACAUGGCGGACCGGACAAACAAGCAACGAUACAACCCGACGCCGUAGAGGUCACAGAAAAGUCUGACCUUGCAACGUCACAAGAAUGUCACCAGGACUCAUUCACCAAGACUGGCUCCCUCCCUCUGUAUGAUACCAGAAUAUGACGAGAUACUACUAUACGGCCAGCUGUGUUGUAUCCGAGACAUUCCUUCACGGAGGUGCUACCGGCAGAACACCUGGUGUCUUCAUGACAUUUCAUACUUAUCAAUGAGAGUAGUUUAUUUGUCACUUCAAUUUCAUUUCAUGCAGCUGAUAUAGGAGUGUGAUCUCCCUGACACGUGCACAGGGCGACCAUCCUCUGUAGGAUAUUGUUAUAGGACAUUAUAUUACGCCAACGCCAGAGUAACUAAUCAGUGCGAUCCGCCGAAACAGAUUCCAUAGGGUAUUUAAUACAGAAUAACGGUGAAUUAUAUUAACGGAUCACCGAAAAUCAGUGAUGACACCAGGUGUUCGAGAAAAUGGAUAGCAUGUCCUGCCCUACCGUCAGUACCGGCCAUUCAGACAAUGUGCGUCAACAGUAAAUGUUUGUGUGUAGCCUGACCUUCCAUACGACGGCCGCGUGUAGGCAAUCGACCAGACAAUCAAGUGAUGGACCAGGAAAACAAGUGACACGAUGGCGGAUCUACUGAUUUUGCUUAAACUAAAAACGAUAUAUUGAUUUUUAACCAGUGUGCAGUGUACGAGUGCAGAGAUUCUACUGUUUAUAUGUAAAGAUAACUUACAAGAAAUAUGUUCGUUUUAUCCACUAGGGUAGCCUGUUUGACACACUACAGACGAUCUGAUGUCGUUCGAUAAUGGUCAAACAGCCAAUUCCCUUCCACUGAUUAAUCCACCUGAACUAGGAAUAAAGGAGACCAGUGACACCGCC